UCGAGUUUUGGUCCGUCAUUAACUUGCUCUCCACUACUCAAGCUGCGGCAGCAGCGUCACUCGUUUCAUUCUUCGACUGUAACUAAAACAACUUUACAAGGAUGGAAGACGUGGUAUAUGUAGGCAGCGGAAGGUCAAUCGACAUCGAGCUUGGGGGACAAGAAGUUAUCACCAUCGAUCUUGACAACCUCGAUCCGAACCCGGAAGAUGUAUUGGACCUUUUGAAGGAGGGCCAGUGCAGAGUCUCUGUGUGGACAAAGUUGGCUGGCGAGUACUGGCGAAGGGGCUACCUAGCAGCCGCCGAAAGAAUAGCUCAUUCGGCUAUUGAAUCAUUACAUGCAAACGGAACGACGGCUUCAUCUCCUCCAAUAUACGCACUUCUUGCGAAUAUCCAGAUAGCUCAUGCUCAAAAGGCACCCAAGUUGGUACUUUCAGAAGCUCGCGAGGAUAAACUGACGAAUGUGCGCCCAAAGGAAGAAUAUUACCAGCAAGCUGCCCAGUAUCUCAACACUGGUGAGAGGGCUGCUGCAGAAGGUGGUGAGGCAUUCUUGACUCGAGGGAUACAACAACUCGCGACGAGGUCUAUGGAUGAUGCCAUGCGUUCCUUUGAGGGUGUACUGGCUGAGAAACCCACUAAUGUUGUGGCACUCCUCGGAAAAGCUCGAAUUCUCUAUGCUCGACGGAGUUAUCCUCAAGCGCUCAAACUAUUCCAACAAAUUCUCCAACUCAACCCGCGCUGCAUCCCUGACCCACGCAUUGGUAUCGGACUCUGUCUAUGGGCAAUGGACUAUAAAUCGAAAGCGAAAGCGGCAUGGCAACGAAGUUUAGAAGUUAAUCCAACAGAUUGGCCGGCGCAGCUUUUGCUCGGACUCGAGUCCAUCAACGCUAGUAAGACCGAAAAUCUGAGCGAGAAAGAACGUGCGCAAGCCUUCCUUGCCGGUACAAAAUUCAUAGAGAAGGCUUUCAAUGCCAACCAAAAGAGUGCUGCCGCCGCCAAUGCACUUUGCGAACUCUUCCUCAGGAAGAAUAGCUAUAAACGAGCUUUGAAGCUUGCGGAGCGCACCAUUCAGUUCGCAGAUACCCUUACGUUGCUAACAGAGGGAAACCUCAGAGCUGCUCGAGUGCUACAUGCAGAGGGCUCUCUCAAAGAAGCCACCAAGUAUUACACGACAGCCACAGAUGGCCAACCAAAACACGUUUUAGGCGCCAUCGGCAUGGCACAAAUGCAGAUCCAGAACGACGAGAUAGCUGCAGCGAUCCACACCCUCGAUCUUCUUCUGCAACCUCCAAAUCCUCAGCGUUCCGUUGAAGCAAUGGUCAUGCUCGCUUCCCUCCGCGCACACCCUCGUCCAGGAGUUUCGAGCUCAGACUUUGCUCAAGAAAAAGCUAAAGCCAGGGAACUAUUCGAUCGCGCUAUCAAAGCUCUCGAGCAAGACGACUCACGUACAGCCAAUGGUCACGUCCCGCAACACACAGCCAGUUAUAUCAACGACGAUUUGGAUAUGCAUGUUGAAAUUGCACGGCUUUGGCAAGAAGAGAAUCUGGACCGGACAACACGGGCCCUUAAGGAGGCACUGAGGCUUAGCGAGGCGAACGAACAGAUCGACCCGCGGCUGCUCAAUAAUAUGGGUGCCCUUCAGCAUAUGGAAGGCAACCUAGCAGAGUCACGGGCCUUGUACGAAGACUCACUUACAAAAGCAGCAAGCUUGGGCCCGGAUGUUGGAGAGGGGAUGUCAACAUCGAUGUUAUACAACCUCGCACGGGUGUACGAGGACGGUGGCGACGUUGCAAUGGCGAAGGAAGCAUACGACAAGCUCUUAGCCAGACAUCCUGAGUACGUCGAUGCCAAGGUUCGACAAGCGCAGAUGCUAGCUGAUCUCAAUCAGUCAAAUGAAGCGCACGAUCUCUUAAAACAAGCCAUGGCGUCGCAAAACAACAACCUCAAUCUCCGCGCGUUCUACACCUACUUCCUCAUCCAAAGUAAUCUCCCGAAGCCUGCCAAAGAUUUCGUCUUUGCUACGCUCAAGGACCACGAUAAGCAUGACGUUUAUUCAUUAUGCGCCGCUGGCUGGAUCCAAUAUCACCAAAGCCGGGAAAGUCGAGACCCGAGUCCGAAGGGAUUAGAAGAGCGAAGACGUGGUUUCCAGCGCUCUGCCGAGUUCUACGAUAAAGCGUUGCUCUUAGACCCGCUCUGUGCUUUUGCUGCUCAAGGAUUGGCCAUUGUGACCGCGGAAGAUGCACUCGGGUCCUUUGGAGGUGGUCCAUCUACUUCUGGUGGAGACGAUCCACAAAAGCGAAUGAGGAACGCAAGAGACGCCCUCGACAUUUUUGCCAAGAUAAGGGAAUCCCUCAACGACGGCAGCGUGUACCUGAAUAUGGGGCAUUGCUAUUAUGCUCGAGACGAAUUUGAUCGGGCUAUUGAAAGUUAUGAGACAGCAUCUGUACGAUUUUACAGUGGCCACAAUGUUUCUGUGCUCCUUUGUCUGUGUCGAACGUGGUACGCAAAGGCUAGCAAGGAUCAGUCAUUUGCCCUCCACUUACAACCAAGCGACAAGGCCAUAUUGUACAAUAUCGCCAUGGUUCAACAAAAAUCUGCAGAGCUGCUCUUCGAUCUGGAGUGGGCAAUAUUGCAGGCCGGCCAUGCGCAACGAUUAUUCGCUUCUCUUGCCGCAGACUCUGCCUCCGUUGUACCUUACAGCCGUGAUAUCGCAGACCAACGUAGGAAAUACGGUGAAAGUAUGCUAAGAAGGGGAGACGAGCAUCUAGCGACACAAAAGGAGUUCGAAGCUGAAGCACAAGCGAAACUCGUGGCUGCUAGACUGAGGAGACAAAUGGAGAGGGAUAAGUUGGAGGCUAUUGAGCAAGAAAAAAUCGAGGAACACCGCCGGCAAGCGGAAAAGCUUGCAGAAGAGCGUCGUAAGGCGAGGGAACAAGCUCAGGAAUGGACGAGGGAGGUUCAGAUGGAGAGCGAGGAAGAGCAAGAAGAGAGAAGCGGAGGCAAACUCAAAAAAGCUAUUGAUCAGGAUGUCGACAACGAGCAGCUCUUCAGCGAUGAUGAGGUCGAUAGCAAACCAGCAAAGAAGGACGCUGUUGGAGGACCACGCAAAAAGCAAUAGAAAAGCAAGGAAAUUAUAUCGGACACGGACGAUGAGGAAAUGUCAUGAUAUCGGUAGAGUCUGUCUAUAUUGCUUUAGUUUGUGUUGGGCUCCUGUCGAGCUACGCCUCGCCAUCUUUCUUUGAAGCUCGGAAUCGCUCCGUGUAUAUACAUAUAUCCUGUAUCAUACUAAUCCGAAGUGAACGCCUAUCUUCGUCUCUUCUGUCUUUUAUGUAGCUCAGUUAGUAGCUAGAUUAACAAGAACAAGAAGCCGUAUUUUAGAUGUAGCUUGUUUGUUGUCAGUGUUUAUGUAAUUUAUGCUUAUUACUGUCUGCACCCUUCGUUGACC